GUCAUGGCUGAAGAAGUGAAGCUGUUCAAGACAUGGUCGAGUAUUUUUGGUCUGAGGAUUGUAUGGGCACUUAAAUUGAAGGGGAUCAAAUAUGAUUACGCAGAUGAAGAUAUCUCCAACAAGAGUUCUUUACUUCUCAAUUACAAUCCAAUCUAUAAAAAAGUUCCUGUACUUGUCCACAAUGGAAACCCAGUUGUGGAAUCACUUGUUAUUCUCGAAUACAUUGAAGAGACUUGGAAGCAAAACCCUCUGUUGCCUCAAGACCCUCUUCAGAGAGCCAUGGCUCGCUUUUGGGCCAGCUUUGGUGUGGACAAGAUUUUGCCUUCAAUGUGGGAUGCUUUCAUCAAAGAAGGCAAGGAACAAGAGGAAGCCUUUACUGCUACUACUGACAACUUCAACUACUUAGAAGAACAAUUGAAGGGGAAGAAAUUCUUCAAUGGAGAUACAAUUGGGUACUCAGACAUCACAUUGGGUUGGCUUGCAAACUUGACAUGUAUUUUUGAAGAAAUCACUCACACAACAUUGAUCGAUCGCGAGCGAUUUCCAUUGUUAUUUGGAUGGAUUCAUGACUUCUCAAAUGCUCCCAUAAUCAAAGAAACCUUGCCUCCUCAUGACAAGUUAAUCGACAAGUACAUCGCUCUUCGCAAGGCCUUCCAUGAAGCACAAACACAAAACGCAUGA